AUGGAGAACUGCAGCUUCACUGGUCCAGUUCAAUAUUUUUUCAUCAUUGGCUUUCCCAACCUGCAGGAUCACCAGUUCCCCCUCUUUUGUGUCUUCUUGGUGUUUUACCUGCUCAUCCUUGCCUGCAACUUGACUAUCAUCAUGGCUGUUGUCUUCGAUCCCAAGCUGCACAAGCCGAUGUACUUCUUCCUGACCAACCUCUCUGUCUUAGACAUUCUCCUCACCACUACGACCAUGCCCAAGAUGCUGGCUAUGUUCCUCGUCAACUCUAGAUUGAUCUCUGCCCUCGGCUGCUUCUUGCAAAUGUAUUGCUUUCACGGCUUGGUGGUGACCGAAACUUUCCUGCUGGUGGUCAUGUCUUACGACCGCUACGAAGCUAUCUGCAAUCCCUUGCAUUACGCAGCCCGUAUGACAAAGAGAGGAAAUGUCCAGCUGGCAGCCGGUGCCUGGUUAUCCGCACUUUUGGUCCCGAUCCCAGCCGUGGUCCAGUCAUCGCAGCUGGUGUACAGUGAAACACCCAGAGUAUACCAUUGCUUUUGCGACCACUUGGCUGUCGUCCAAGCAGCCUGUCAAAACUCCAGUGCUGAUUUCCAGACUUUUCUGGGGUUUACGAUCGCAAUGAUUGUCUCCUUUGUCCCCCUUCUGCUGGUCUCCGUCUCCUACGUCCAGAUCAUUCUCUCCAUCUUGAGGAUCAGCUCCAAAGACGGGCGGAGCAAGGCCUUUUCCACUUGCUCCUCCCAUCUGAUUGUGGUUAGCACGUAUUAUUCGUCCAUUGCCAUGGCCUAUCUUUCCUACAGAGCUGACAUGCCCCUCGAUGUCCACGUCACGAGCAACGUGGUGUUUGCUAUUUUGACUCCCCUGGUCAAUCCUCUCAUAUAUACCCUGAGAAACAAAGAAGUCAAAAGUGCCGUGAAAAAAAUUGUUAUUCUCAAAAUUCAUCGUUGUUACUAG